CGACUUGUAAUACAAAGCGAUGCUACAAGCGGUUGCAGCGGCAUAUGGUGACAUUUUCUAUUAAUAUGCUUUUGGGAGAUGAAUGGACACGAUGAGAAGCUUGCCGGUUGUGCUUCUGGUACUCAUACAGUGUUUGGUGGCGAGCAACGGAGAAGAUCACCCUGGAAACAUCGUUGUUCCCGCGCGCAAGCCUUGUGCGACAGGAUGCGGCCAACGGGGACAUUGCAACUACGAGGAGGGACGCUGCGAGUGCCCUUGGGGUUUUACUGGCCCCGCUUGUGAGGUGGAUGCCAUGGCUGUUUGCAAACAGACGCCGGAUGACCCAGGCAGCUGCGGCUUCAUGUUCCCCAAGAACUGCGAGUGUUACCGCGCCUGCUUGCGACUGUACUGCCACUACGGGACGGACGUGGUCAAGUGCACCAACCAGUGGGGCGCGGACAUCACCGAUGCGCCCUGCUUCCUGUACGGCAACAACGUCACCGGCUGGAAGGACCGCCCCCAGAACAGCUCCCGCUACCCGGAGCACCCGGAGAAGGAAACCGUGUGGUUUAAGCAGAUUCCGGAGCUUUCCUAUACGAACGAGUACCUCCCAGAGCACAUCCAGACGGACCCCGAACGGCUCUACAAGACCCCCUGGCACCGCCCCCAACUGUCCUGGCACCAUGCCAACCACUCAGCCUACCCGCUCUCCGCCUGCCCCAACAACUGCUCCAACGGCCGGGGCUUCUGCCUGCGCCUGCACUGGGAAAAGCAGCCCAAGUGCUGGUGCCACGUGGGCUUCAACGGAACGGACUGCUCGCAGGUGGACAACAGCGAGGCCUGCUGGUUCAGCCCCGACUGCGGCGGGCGGGGCACCUGCCGCAGCGGCUUCUGCCACUGCCAGCCGGGCUACUUCGGGGUGGGCUGCCACCGCUCGCAGGCCUUCCAGCCAGCCAGCCCGGGGUCGUUUCCGGACAUGAGGUCGCCCGCCGGCCUCAAGAUCUACAUGUACGAGCUGCCGUGGGAGGUCGCCUUUCCAUACGAGGUCAAGGAGGACGCUCACACACGUGACAACAUGUAUGCAGCCUACGAGAAGUUCCUGACCUACUUUUUAAACGACACUACCGUUAGGACGGAGAAUCCCUACGAGGCCAACCUCUUCUACGUCCCCGCCCUGACCUACUUUUAUGUGGAGAAUGUACGGAAUCCCCAGUUCCAAGCCGAGGCGGUUAUCAAGUACGUACGGGAGAAGUGGCCGUUCUAUAACCGCUCAGGUGGCCAUGAUCACUUCAUGUUUAUGACGCAAGACAGAGGUGCCUGCGAGGCGCAGCGCUGGCUGCAAGACAGCAUUAUCAAGCUGGUCCAUUUCGGCUUGCAAAAGCGUAACCUGCCCUGGAACGGCGUUCCCAACAAGGACUACGGCUGCAUUCGCGUGAAGCAGGACCUGGUCAUCCCGCCCUGCCCCAGCGGCGAUGAAUCGCUGUUCCCCCACAGAACGGCCGCGUACUACAAGUGGCUCGUCAACAACAGCGGCCACGACGCCAACCGCACGCUGCUGUUCUUCUUCGCGGGAGGAGUGGGGGACGGCGAGUACAGCGGGGGCACGAGAUUGGCCAUCCACCACCUGCUCAAGAACAUGAGCCAGCCGGUGCCGCCCGACAUCCGCUUCAUCAGCGGCAGGGUGCCGGACUACGACAAGCUGCUCUUCGGCUCCAAGUUCUGCAUUGCGCCUUACGGCUACGGUUGGGGCAUCCGCGUUAUGACCUCCAUGAUCUUCGGAUGCAUCCCAGUCAUCAUCCAAGAUCACGUUUUCCAGCCGUACGAAGACUUUUUGCCGUACGAGGACUUUGCCGUACGAAUGCCGUUAAGUGCCGUACCUCGCAUGGUGGAGGUACUUCGGAGCUACAGCGAGGAGCAGCUGGCGGCGCUAAGGCUAGGGAUGGCCAAGUACUACAAGGCAUUUAUUUGGAAUCGGGCUUUUGGAGGCGAGGCGUACGAGUGGACUUUGGCUGGUUUGCAGCGGCGCUUGUACAACCUUAAAGGGGAGUACUUUAGACAUCGGAGAGGCCUUGCUAGCAGUAGUAGCAGUAGCAGCAGUAGCAGCAGUAGCAGCAGUAGCAGUAGCAGUAGCAGUAGCGGCGGUAGUGCUGCUUUUAGACGCUUCUGAGGGGCGCAUGCGCAGGGCCGGCCAACAGCGGUGUGUUGGGUGCGGCAACGUAGGUCUCCAACAACCCGGGGGCAGCAGUCAGGCAGCGUUGGCAGAGUUCUGCAACGACGAGCUCGUAGGUCCCCGGUUAGGGGUGCUGUGAGUCCUAGUCCUAGUCCUAGUCCGGGGCUCCGGGGCUCCGGCGCAUGGGACACUGAGUGAUACAACGGGCGGCCGCACUGUCGCCCACGAGGGCGGUGUUCGUAUUAUGUGUGAUACCUUGAUGGUGACAGGGUAUGGGUUCGAGCGUGGAAAUAGGAGUACAGCACAUGUUCGGCCUCAUUAUGAGGCUUCUGUGAGAAACUGGAACCAUAGCUACUUAUUUCGGGCACAACGCCUGCGGAAAACAGCGACGGUAGGAACCAGGAGAGGAGGGGGGAGGCAGGAAUGUGUUGUUUGGUGGGUUCUUGUCUUUGUUGCUGCAGAUGGAGCAAUCACAUCAUGCUUGUAUGGGUGUGUACAUGGGUGGGUGUGGGGCAGCGGCAGGCUGUCGCGCAGAGAGGGCGCCUGCUGCAGCUGUCCUCUUCUUCCUGGCUGAGGUGUGCUGGAGGUAGGAAGGAGGCGUUCCGACCGUCGGUGGCCACACCUGUACCAGGUCCUUUACGAAUGAAUGACCGCUACCGUUACCCUGACCGCCUCGCGUCGGCAUCUUGACCAGUAACCCCAUAUUCCCUUGGCCCUGGGGAAGGGCCACCAAGGGGCAAUUCCGGGUCCCAAAGCGGGCCUCCUCGCUCGCCGCUGCAGCUUGUCAUGAGCACCAGACAC